GGGCCCCGACGACGUGCGGCAGGUCUCGCUGGUCGGCCUUCCCUCGUCGGUGCGCGCCGGCUACGAGGCGAUGUACGAGGUGCUCGACGACGGCCGCGGGCUGGUGAGCCCGGACGAGCCAUACGAGGCGUGCGGCGAGGCGCUAGAGGAGCUGGAGGCGGAGCCGGUGCCGGAGGGGUGCUGCCGCGAGGUGUUCGUCCUUCCGGCGGCGGCGUGGGGGCGGGUCAAGGGGCAGGGAAACAUGGGGCUGCAGCGGCUGCGCGAGCGGGCGGGCUGCAAGGUGGUUGCGCACCUGCGGCCUCCGGACCGCUUUCCGCAGUGCAAGGCGGUGCUACUCGUCGGGCCGAGGGAGAAGGUUGAUGGCGCAGAGCGGCUGCUGCGCGAAGCGCUCGGCCGUGACGCGAGGGAGCUGCGCCGCCCCUCCGACCCCCUCCCCGCCAAGCCCCUCGCGGUCGGCCGGCUGAGCUUCGUCGACUUUCAAAAGAGCGACGCGACGGCGGGCGGCACGCUGCAGCUCGAGAAGGAGGAGGCCGCGCUGGAGGCGGCCGAGGGUGCGGCGGGCGAGGGUGCGGCGGCCGCCUCAGUGGCCACCAACGAGAAGGGCCGCAAGGUGGUCAAGAUCGGAGAGAAGGAGGUGCCUCUCGAGCUUGGCGUGCGGAGCAGUGGCCGGCCGGUGCCGCACUCGGAGCAGGCGCUCGUCGCGGGCCUCGGCUUCUCGCACAACGUCGACCGCUGCGAGCGGUGCGGCCAGCUCGGCCACAAGGAAGCCCGCUGCCCCACCCUCGACAGAGGCAGGCGGCCGGGGAACCGUUCCCGCUCGCGCGACCGUUCCCGCUCGCGCGACCGCGACCGCUCGCGGCGCGACCGCUCCCGCGACCGCUCCCGCGACCGCUCGCGCAACCGCUCGCGCUCGCACAAGCGGCGCAGGCGCGGCAGCCGCAGCCGCAGCCGCAGCCGUAGCCGCAGCCGCGGGCGCGACCGGCGACGCCGCCGUUCGCGCUCGCGCUCGCGCUCCGAGGCGCGGCAGAGGAGGCAUCGAUCGCGCGAGGAGGGGAAGAGCGGGCGGGGCCAGAGCAGCAAGGACAAGGACAAGGAGAAAGACAAGGAGAAGGACAAGGACAAGGACAAGGACAAGGGCAAGGAGAAAGACAAGGGCAAGGACAAGGACAAGGGCAAGGGCAAGGGCAAGGGGCUCGAGCGGUGGGACAGCGCACGCCCGUCAGCGUCGAGCUCCUCGAGCCCCUCGCGCCGGCGCGGCAAGAAGAAGGCGCGCGAAAAGCGGCGCUCGUCGAGCAGCUCUGCCGGGGAUGAGCGGCGCGGCAAGAAGGCGCAAAAGCCGUCCGAGAGCGCCGCCGCCGCCCCCGCCGCCGCGCUUUCCGCCGCCGCGCCCGCCGCGCCCGCGCCCGCGCCCGCCGCGCCCGCCGACGCCGCGGCUGACGACGAGGAGGCCAAGAUGAGGCUGGCGGAGGCGAUGUUCGGUGACGAGGCCGACGCGGCGCCCGCCGCCGCCUCCGGGGCCGAGGGCGCGCCCGCACCCGCCGCGGCGAGCGGAGGCGGCGCAGGUGGAUCGUCUCGCGGCGGGGGGGAGGGGGGCAAGGAGGCCGAGGGGGGCAAGGAGGCCGAGGGGGGCAGGGGCGAGAAGCUCGAAAUCGAGCACCGCGGCAAGGGGGGCAAGAUCGAGGACAAGUACCACCACAUGCUCUUCGGCGCGCAGAAGGGCAAGACGAGCCGCUGGCUUGAGGCGACGGCCCAGAAGCGGCGCGCGGAGCGCGAGGAGGCCGAGGCGCAGGAGCGGGAGUCGCUCGCGGCGCGGCAGGAGCAGGAGAAGCGACUCAUCGCGCAGGCGGAGGCGAUGCGGAUGGCGAUGCAGCAGGCGCAGCACCAGCACGCGCACCCGGCGGUGCAGGCGGCGGUGCAGCACGCGCAAAACGGGCUGCCCGCCGCGCUGCAGCACCUGGCCCCGCUCGGCUGGACGCAGUGCACCGACUCUGCGAGCGGCCGGCCCUACUUCCACCACGGCCCCACCGGCUACUCGUCGUGGACGCCGCCCGUCGACCCGAGCGCCGUGCAGCCGGCGCCGGUGCUGCAGCCGGUGCUGCAGCCGGUGCUGCAGCCUGUGUUGCAGCCUGUGCUUCAGCCGGUGCAGCCUGUGCCGCUGCCACCGCCGGUGCCGCUCCCACCGGGCGUCCCGCCGCCGCUGCAGCCAGUGCCGCCCGCGCCGCCCGCGCCCUUCUCGCCGCAUGGGUACCCGCCGCAGCCCGCCACCCCGGGAGGGUUGGGCCCCCCGGGAGGGUACCCGCCAGCGCCGCCCGGCUACCCUCCCGCGCCGCCCGGCUACGCCGGAGGGGUGCCGGCCCAGCUGGCGGGCGGGGCGCAGCCAAACUGGCAGCACCCCGACACGCCAAAGACGGCGACGGGCCACCCCGCCGGCUCGUGGGUCUGCCUCAACUGCCGCAACAUCAACUUUCCGACGCGGAUGACCUGCAACACGAAGAUCUGCGGCCGGCCGAGGCACGAGGUAGACGGCGGCGAGCCGAACGCCGCCAACAUGGUGGACCACACCCUGCACCCGCAGCAGCGGGUGGCGGCCGCCGCCGCGCAGGACGAGGCGCGGCGGCAGGCUGCCCUCGAGCAGCCGCGCGCCGCGGACGGCGCCAGCCCCGCACAGUCGAUGGGGCACUGCAAAGACUUCCUCUCGGGCAUGUGCACCCGCGGCGCCGCCUGCCAGUUCCGCCACGACCCGGCAGCGGUGCGGCCAGCCUUGGCUGCCAAGGGCUGGCUGGCACCCGCCGCUCCGCAGGCAGGCGCCGCCGUGCCGGCACCCGUCGCGAUUGACUGGGCGGCCGCCACGGCGGCGGCGGCGGCGGCGGCGGCGGCCAAGGUUGCGCAGAAGGCGGCGAGCGAAAAGGCGGCGGCCGACAAGGCAGAAGAGGAGGCGGCGGCGGCGGCGCAGCGCGCGGCGUUCGAGCGGCUCAAGGCGGAGUCGCAAGGGUAGUAGGAGCGAGGCGGGGGCGGUCGGCGUACGAGACAAGCGCCGCCGGGGCCGAACGCUUUUGGAAGGCGGGCACAGUUGCCGGUCACCAGCGGCCCGUUUCGCGGGCCGGCAAUGGCCACAAGGUAGCGACAAGGUAGCCCCAUAACAUUAUGUUAUCUCUCGCGCAUGACGAGAUUUUUUCUGCUUGAUUACUAACGGUCUUAAGACUUAACUUUUU